AAGUGCAAAAAAAGUGUGGAGUCAGAGUGACAUCUAAGGGAUGAAAGCAACCAACUUGAAUGCAGUUGCGCUUUACCAAGCUUUCCGGGAAGGCUUGGACAAAAAGGUGCAAUGUGUGAAAGGUUGUGUGACUGUGCAAAGUUACACAAAGUUUUGUGAAAUAUGUGAUGCUGCACAGAACUACUUGGAUGGAUACUUGAAUGAAACACCAUGCAUCAAUGAAGGGGAAGAGGAUUCUGCUUCCUUUGAACAAUUGAAAACCUUCAUUCUUCAAGUCAUGGAAGAGCAUUCAAUGACAAAUUUGAAAGAAGUUGUAGCAUUCAAAAAUGAAGAAGUCAAAGGUGCUGCUGAUGAGGAGAACAUUGAUGAUGCUGAACCACAACAUUCUCCAACAUCCAGCAGCCUAACAUCACAAACACUCCAGCUACUUUGUCUGAUCCUUUGGCAAUGGCUUCCUCAUCAGGAGAAAAACCAGCAACAUAUUUUAUACAGAAAAGUUGAUAUGCUUCACUGCUUCCUCACAGAUGAUACAGAUGAUGAAGUUGUUCCUGUUCAUUUCAUUGAAAAGCCUUCAACCACAUCAUCUACUUGUCAGGAUGAAGUGUCUUUGGAAGCUGUGAUAUUUUCAGAAAGAGAUGAAAAUGGCCUUCAAAAGGAUGCUGCGGGACUGAACAUGCUGGAACCAAUGUCACAUCUGGCAUUGGUUGAUGAGAAAAACCUAAUCGCCAACCAAAUUGUGCCAUUCUUGCUUGGGCUGCAAGCAAGUGGUGACAAAUGGCCAGAUGAACAGAGAAAACAACUUGAUGGUUUGAGAAUCACCCUUAAUGAACACACUUUGAAAGGACUGUAUGAUGCUGACAUCUUCAAGUACACUCCAUCAGAUAAUAAGGAGAUCCUUGAAUGUACCAAUGAACAAUGUGAUGCAAUGGAUAGGGGAUGCCAUAUGUAUCGUCAAGUGUAUGAAGCACACUUCAAGCCAACGGUUGCCUUGUUCCUGAGGCUGUUGAAAGUGGAUGCCUUCUACAAAGAGAAGGAGUGGGACUAUGAGCUGGUUGACUUGGGGCUGUAUCCCCAAAAAGUGACUCCUUGUGCCUCCAAACAGGCACAAAGUGAUCAUAUGGAGAGGAGGCUGAAGUCAAUCUUUGAUGUGAAAAAGAAUCUGGAAUCCAUAUGUCAGAAGGAAGUCAUUGGGCAUGACACUGCCCAAGUUAUUUAUGUUUCCCAAGGAUUGUCAAUUUGUCUGGAUGAUCAUGAACUCUUCAUGAUUGCAAUGGAAAUGGGUUAUACUCUAAGUGACAGGGAAGUCAGUGCAAUUGUUUGUACAAUUAAUUUGUGA